AGUCCAGCAGCCACUGGGGUAUGCUGUUUUUGUGAAUUUUUGGAAGAAAAACAAAACGAAAAGAAGCAUCAAAGCUUCCGGCACCCCGGAAGCGACGGCUCUCUGGUGAGCAAGUGCAAGUGAAUUGGUGGUGUAUCGUAAUGCGGGGGGGACAAAUGCAUUACAUUGUUGCGCACUAAUCAAGCAAACGAACAGAUGCUUCCGCGUUUCGUCGCGUUGUCCCUUGACCAUGUGCGCUAAGAAACAACAAGCAGUGCUCGCGCGAUCGUUCUAAUCUACAGCAGAAAGACCCGUCCCAUCCCAUCGUCCCACUCGUCUAUGGUGCUCUCCCGUCCAAACUGUCGCAGCGCAGCGAACGCGAGCUUGAAACCAUCGCUCACGCGGUACGAAAUGCAGCUCCUCUCGACCGGGCUGCUGCUGGACUGCUGUUGGUCGAGCUAAACGCGCAAUUAAAUCACACCCGUCCCCGAUCCGCCACAAGUACGGGUCGGCCACCACAAGCCCUACUGCCGGUGCACCUAGAGCAGCCGGAUCGAGUGCAUCGUACCGCGGGUUACGGGUUCGGCCGCUGUAUCGGAGUGAUCGGAACCGCGAACAGGCAAACAUGUCGAAGCAGCAGGGCAAGUACGAGCUGCUGAAGGAGGAUACGAAGCUGAGGAGGCAACAUACGUACAUACAGAGCUGCCUGCUGGUCGCGCUCUGUGCCAUGUCCAGCCUGACGGUGUACGCGACCUGGACGAUGAUCUAUCGGCAGAAUCUGAUUAUACCGCCCGCUCUUUUAGAUGUCUCGCUUCACUGGCGAAAUCGACUCGUGCUGUAUGAGGAAGCGCUGCGCCAAACGCUCCGACAGCAGCAGCAGCAGCAACCGGGGCCGCUGCCAAACGGUCAGGCCAGUAUGCCGCCGCCGCCGCCGCCGCCGCCGCCGCCCGAAACAAUCGUGCGAAGCAUUUACGCGCCGGACGGUUCCACCGUGCUGCCGGGCCGUCUGUUCGGCCUGGCCAACGAUUCCCGGCCGAAGCCGGCCGAGCCGGUGCGCGUGAAGCAGCUGGACAGUGAGCGCAUCUUCCCGUCGCGCUUCGGCAACUACAUCUACUCGAAGGAGGCGAUGAAUGGGCUGCCGCCCAGCCCGAAGAUCGUCUGCUACUACACGACGCCCGAUCUGCAGGCGCGCGGCGCCACCGGGCAGGCGCUCCGGCACAUACUGCAGCCGGAGCAGAUCGAUCCGCACCUCUGCACCCACCUGAACAUCGGCAUCAUCGAUAUCGUCAACAACACGCUGUUCAUCGACGAUAACGUGCGGGAGGCGCUGGUGCGCACGAGGCAGCUGCGGCGCGCCAACCCCGCCCUGCGCAUCCUGCUGUGGGUCGGGGGGGCGAGCGUCGGCGGCUUCGCCACGAUGGUGGAGAACCACGCAACGCGCAAGCUGUUCAUCCAGUCGGUGAAGGCGACGCUCGAGCGGUACCAGCUCGACGGGGUCGACCUCGACUGGGAGUUCCCGGACAGUGGCGGCAAGCGGCGGAUGCACUUUUCCCAGCUGCUGCACGAGAUACGGCGCGAGUACCAGCGGGAGCACCGGACGUACAUACUGAGCGUGGCGGUGGCGCCCCAGGAAACGAUCGCGUACAUGGCGUACGAUGUGGGCGAAAUCAACAGCUACGCGGACUACGUCAACCUGAUGACGUACGAUUACCACUUCUACUCGCCGGACGUGCCACAGACGGGUCUUAAUGCGCCGCUGUACCGGCGGGCAAACGAACAGUCCCUGCUCGGCACGCUCAACAUCAACACCUCCGUGCACUACUGGCUGUCGGCGGGGCUGGACAAGAGCAAGCUGAUACUCGGCCUGCCGACCUACGGCCACUCCUUCACGCUCGUCAACCCGUUCAACACGCGGAUCGGUGCGCCGGCGUCCAGCUACGGCCGGGUCGGCACGUUCGGCUUCGCCUCGUACUCGGAGAUCUGCUGGUUCCGCCGGUACAACAUCUACGUCCACCAGGUGUACGAUGUGGAGAGCUGCUCGCCCUACCUGUACGCGGGCAGCGAGUGGAUCUCGUACGAGGACGAGCGCAGCCUCGAGUGCAAGGCGAAGUACAUCAAGGCGCACGGGUUCGGCGGCGCGAUGAUCUUCUCCCUCAACACGGACGAUUUCGGCUCGUACUGUGCGGACAAUGCGCUCUACCGGGACCGGACUGUCGCCGGCGACCAGCAGCAGCAACAGCAGGGCAGCUUCCCCCUGCUGCGCAAGGUACGCUCGGUGCUGGUGGACGGUGCCGGUGCGAACAGAACGGUCUCACAAUCCGCGUCCCAUCCGCAAACCGCUGAGCAGCGCAUCCCACCGGUGGCUACCGAUGCAGCGCCACCGGCCAACGUGGGCGACCACCGGUGAACCGCACGUCGGUCGCUGCUAGCUCCAUUUAAUCGCGUUACGCGACACGCGUCGCCUAUGUGUACAGUACGAUGACGUGUAAUGUUGCUGCUAAGGUAGUACCAGACAGGAAGCACCUGAAGUGCCGCGUGCCCGCAGUUAUUGGCGCGUGUGCGAGCGCGCGCGUAAGUGUGCCGUAUGCUCUUGAUUUACUUUUUGCUAUUAUAUAUUACUUUUCAUGCUGUAGCGCUCUACUUUCAAUUGUUUGUUCUUGUUGCGUGCGUUUCUUCCAUUUUCUUUCCCUCGGCCGUUUUCCCGCUCGGUGGAAGAGUCAGAGCCAAGCCACGUUCAGCGCUGUGCUUCCGGUGAUGUUUGCUGAACGUACGAUUACGAUUACACUCUUAAAUUCUAGUCAAGACAGGACAAAUUAUAGAUGCGAUGGUAGCUCGAACGAAAGGAAGAAGAAAAAGUCAAGAAGGAGCGGUUUUUAACUUUAUACAUUGCAAUCGUAGUUUUAACCGAAUCCGGAUAAUUGAAAAACAAAAAAACAAAAGCCUUGCGUGAGAAGAAGAGGGGUUUAUUAUCGUUAUUAUGUUUAUUUUUUGCCCUAACCCACCUCCUUCCCCGGUGCUGAAAUGUUGGUACGAAACAAUAAUGUGCACGUUUUUGUAAAGCGAAAGCGUAAAAAGCAAUUGGGGCGAUGUAGAUAGCAACGAAUAAGAGAAAAAAACGAAUGUUUUCCUUUUCUGCAUCAUUCGAUUCCUAUAUAACUUAGCGAUAUAUUAUUGCUGUUUACUACCUUUUUCUUUUUCUUGCAUUCCACGCUCUCACGGUGUUCCACAGUAUGGAGCGGAAAAACGCCAGAGGGAUCUAUUCCUUUUCCUAUAAUCAUUCCGGUGUUUUGCGUUUUUUUUUUGUGUUGUUCGUAUGUUCUUUAAAUGUUAAGCGAAUGUAGCGAAUAGAUAAGCCAUCCCUGCCUUGAUGGAGGCGCAAACCUGUCGCAUUUGUAUUUUGUCGAUUUUAAAAUACCUAGACCGACCUCAAUCGGGUUGGCCAAAGGAUUACCAGUAUGAACCCACACACACACACCCACACACACACAAUUCCAAACUAGAUGAACAAAAAAAAAAAAAACACCACAAACGAUCGAUUAUCAAGUGUACCAAUUAAUUGUCUUCCAGCUAAG